GUUUCGGCAAAGUCAGCGAACCGAAUGUUACGAGCGUAUAAAAGCGUACCCCAAUUAACUGGACCAGCAUCAAUCGUGUUCUGUCCUCCGACUCGAAGCGAGUACUGAGUGGAAUCCAUUCCCCAGCAGCGCUACCGAAUCCAUUUGCGUUCUAAACACCACCAUCAGCAAACCCAAGUAUCAAAUAUGAAGCUGUUCGUCGUAGUAUCGUCCCUGCUGGCCAUUGCCACCGCUGCUCCAUCAGCCACGCUGUACGCAACAACGUACGGCCAACCGGCCCUGUACGCUGCCGCUGGAGCACCACUGGCCACGUAUGUUGCGGCUGGACCGGCUGAACUGCACAGCCAGUACCACGCCCAGGACGAACUCGGCCAAUAUUCGUAUGGAUACAACGGAGGACUGUCGGCCAAGGCGGAGUCAAAGUCGUUCGAUGGUAUCACCCGCGGUUCGUACAGCUAUCUGGAUGCGGAGAACAAACUGCAAACCGUCGCAUACACUGCUGACGCGCUGAACGGAUUCCGGGUGGCUGCUUCCAACCUGCCGGUGGCUCCGGUUGAAACACGCACCGCACCCGAACCGGUCAAGGACACGCCCGAGGUCGCCGCUGCUAAGGCCGACCAUAUGGCCGCCAUCGAGGAGGCUAAGCUGCGCAACGCCGCCGCCGAGAAGGAAGAUUCCGAGGCCACCAUCAUUGCUGCCGCUCCGGCCAUUGCUGCUGCGCCUGCCGCUCUGCCACUCCCGGUCGCCACGUACACCGCCGCCGCCCCUGCCUCGUUCGCUUACUCGACCCACUCGAUCGCGCAACCGAUCGCGGCCUAUACCACCUAUGCCGCCGCCCCAGCCCCGGCUGCCAUCGAACUGAAGGCUCCCGCCUCCUUCGCGUACUCGACCUACACCCAGUCGGCGCCACUUGCUUACACCCAGUACGCUGCUGCCCCUUACGCCGCCCUGCCGGCAUACGCCCAGUACGCUUACCCAGCUGCUCCGGCCACCUCGUUCACUUUCGCCGCUCGCGCGCAGCCCGUUGACAUUGCUGCCGAACUGCCCGAGCCGGUUCAGGAUACGCCCGAGGUCGCCAAGGCCAAGGAAGAGCAUCUGAAGGCCGUCGCCGAAGCUAAGGCGCGCAGCCUACAGUAAGGUAUUGCAGUAGCGCAAUCGAUCCACAACAGCCAAGCAAUAGACCCCCGGAAUCAUACAACAGCCCGAUCGUACCCCGAUCUAUCCCCAGCAAAUGCCACAAACAAUGAUCACAGGAUCAAAAGAUGACUGUUACGCCAGUAGAUAUACUCUGUACAGAAAAUCAUAUAGUCAGCAAAAAAGGAAAGGUUAAAAAAAAUCUAUUGAAAUGAGAGUUUGAAAGUGAAUAAAAAAAUUAAUGUGCAUAGUACCAGCUCUCAAAUCGAGACGCACAGGAGGUGAAAAAACCUUGCAAGUUAA